AAGGAACAGGCAAUCUGGUACUUAUUGAUUACAUCUGUUUAGAUUCCACACUUCAAAAAUAAGGCUAAAAAGAAUUAUAUCAGGUUUAACAGUUUAUUUUAUAAACGUCAUAAUUAUAUAAAUGAUAUAAAUGUAAGUUUCAUAAAUUACUAUACAUAGCAAUAAAGCAUAAGCUAUUAUAGAAGAGCUGAUACAAAAAUAUACAUAAAUACUUGAGAAGGUAAUUAAGCCUUCCCACAGUCCACAAAAAUAAGGAAAACCAUCAUUUCUGCUACCAAAAAAGCAGUAUCUUUACAAGUUAAAAAAAAAACCAACUUUGCUUAAUAAUAACUGGAAAAUUUUAGCACAUAUACAACUAUUAUUUAACCAAAAUUUGGUUUUCAUUGACAUUUAUUAUUUAAAUAACCCUGGAUGGCAAAAAAACAUGUUUACUCUGUCCUAUGUACAAAAUGAAACUGCAUGAUAUUGUUCCUGCUUUCAAGGAGCUCACAGACAAGUUACUUAAUGACUGAGUGAAGAACACACUAGUUAAGUGUUGUGAAAAAAAUACCUGCCCAGAGAACAGAGAGGGAAGAGAAAGGAACACCUGGGUCUCAUCCACAGAGCACUGUGCAAGGAGCGAACAGCCCCAGGCUCACAUCCCAGCUCAAGGAAGUCACCAAACUUUGUUUUCACUGAGUUCAGCUUAAAAGUGGGAUGAUAAUAUGAAUAUUGUUCACCAUAUACUGUUGCUGGGCAAAGCACUGAUUCAGUAAAUACCCAUCUUUACUAGGUACUGUGGUAAGGGCUGAGAGAGAGAGGGACAAGGAACAUUUCGAUACAGAGCUCACCGUCUGGGUGGGUGCCAAGAAGAUGCACACACAACAGCUGGGUAUCAUCAAUCCUGUCAAGCCCCUGUCCCUGUGAAUGAAUAAUCUUCAGGAGUGGUCAGUUUGAAAAAAACCAACAACUGCAUUUCAAAAAAUGUAAAGUUUUGUCUUGUUAUUCUUUUGCCACGCCUUUUUGGAAUUAAUCAGUGGCUCAGGCUGGUAGUGUACAUCAGAAUUCUCUGUGAUGCUCAGAAGUGCUGAUGCCAGGCCCCACCCAAAGCUUAAUGCUUCACAACCACUGGGGCCUGGCAGUUCUUUACUGCACCCCUUAGUCAAGAACCCUUUAAUAUUUAAAGGCAGAUAAAACAAUGUUAAAAGCACUCUUGAUAAAAAUGUGGAUACUCAUUAACAGUAAAAAAAAAGUAUAGCUAGUAUGACACAACUUGAAUAUUUUUUUUGUGAUUAAAGCUGCUAAAACACUCUCACUAAAAAGACUUCUAUCAAGGCGUGCCUGCCUGCGUGGCUUAGUCUAUUAAGCAUCUGACUCUUGAUUUCGGCUCAGGUCAUGAUCUCAGGGUCAUGGGACUGAGCCCCGAGAUGGGCUCCACACUGAGUGGAGCCUGCUUAAGAUUCUGUCACCCCCCCACCCCGCAUGUGCACUCUAUAAAAAUAAACAUACAUAUAUAUAUUUUAAAGACUUCUAGCAAAAACACAAUGGAGAAAAAAAACUGGCACUAUGGCAGCACUGAUUUCAGCUUGCAGAGGCCUGUUACCUGCUGAUAUUGUUUGCAAUCUGUCUCUGUACAUGUGCAUCUGUUUUCCGGGAAAGAAAAGCUGCCCAAGAUUAUGAACCCUUUCUACACUACUUUUUUUAAAAAAAAAUUUUAUUUGAGAGAGAAUGAGCAGGGGAAGGACAGAGGGAGAAGGAAAGCGGACUCCCUGCUGAGCAAGGAGACAGAAGAAGGGCUCCAUCUCAGGACCCCGGGAUCAUGACCUGAGCUGAAGGCAGCCGCUUAACCACCUGAGCCACCCAGGCACCUCUCUACACUACUUUUAAUAUUAAACAACUAACCUUUAAGUGAACAUCUGGCCACUGAUACAGCAUGGUUUUACAGCAUAAACCUUAAGGUCAAAAGGACUAGAUCACAGCUCUGGCUUCCCUUAUUGCAUCUGUAACAUUUGGCAGAUUGCUUACCUUACCCAGGCCUCAGUUCCUACACCUCAGUAAAAUGAAGUAACUGUGCCUUGUUCACAGUGCUAAUGAUAGGCCAUGUUAGAAACAUUAAUGAUUGUUUAAUAUUUACUUCAAAAUUAGUGCAAUUGUGUUUGCAAAAAAGAAAAACCCAAAACUGAUGUAUGAAUUUUUACACUGUAUCUGGAAGUGUUUAUUUAACGUUAAAAACGGCUUUUAACGUUAUUUAACGUUUAACGUUUAUUUUUUAACUUUUAUUUAACGUUAAAAAACUAAUUUUUGAAAAAGAAUGCAAUUGUAAAAACAGUCCAUGUUUACAAGGAUUUACCAUCAAAAUACUGUGUAACCAUAGGCACAUCACUUGAACUUUCUGGUUCUCACCCACCUCUCCUGUAAGAUCUUCCUGCCAGAAGAGGACUGGGCCGUAUCAUUUCUUGAGACCCCUUCCAGCUUCAGGGAAGACAUUACAAAUUUAACUCUUUCCCCCACUUCUUUUCGAGGUGAGAACAUGGGAAAAGAAAAAAAUGGUGUGUUUAAAGCAUUUCCUAUCAAAUAGAAAUAUAAGAUUUCGGACAAAAUACUCAAAGUUGGGGUCAGCCUGAUCAAAGCACAAAUGUUUAAGAAAAAAGGUUAACCCAUCCAUCUUGGGAUCAGUAUUUAUUCAUAACAAACAAGAAAAAUGCAAGAAAAAAAAUCAAUUAGCAAGGAAUCUUCCUCCUACAAAGCAUGACGAUCAAGGAAGAGUCUAACCAAAACAUUUCGGGUCAUCUAGGAAAAAUAAGUGGUCCACAUCUCCCAAAGCAAGUCAAAACCACGACUUAAAAAGAGAGAAAUAUCUAAAGAAAACCUACAACCCAAAAUUCCUAAGACCAAGAGAAGCAAUUUUGCAGUUGUUUUACACACACUUAUGUAUCACUGUUCACUAGUUCCAAAGAGCGGGGAGAGUGGAGAGGACUUAAGAUUUGGGUCACGUGUUCACUAAAAGACCAUAAAUAACAGGUGUUGGACGAUUUCAAAACUUUACCUAAUACUGCCAGAAGCUGGGGACCUUUAAAACCCAAAUAAAAACCAUCCGUAAAGAGUAGGGCACAAACAAUUCAAUACCCACCAAUAAACCACCCACUUAACCUACAGGCUCUCUGCUGGGAGACUGCUUCUUCAAUCAACAGAGGCUUCAGCUCAGCGGGAGGCCGGGAUGGAGGCUAUCACAGGGAGAACACAGAAACCACCUAGCCUCGAGGAACUCGCGGUCCCCCAGGAGGCGCCGGCUUGCACCCGAAUAACGGUGCGCCGCGUUCCCAGGGUUUUAAGACGACCAAUCGGCCCUCUGCCCUGAAAACAGAGGCGUCCGCGCCAUUGAAAUUUCAUUUUCGCCUAGCGGCUGUGCCAACCGAGUGCGGGGCAGAGGCUCCCCGGCCAGCAGGGCCGACACCAACUCCCGCUCGCUCGCCGCCGGGCCCGCGGGCCGCCGAGGGGCCGGAUGGACCAGCGCCGGCCGCGGCGUUCCGGUGCGCGCGCGCGCCUCAGCCAAUCGCGUGCUCGCCCGCCCCCCGCGGCCGCGGCGAGGCUGGCGCUGGGAAGAGGAAGAAGAACAUUCGCCCUCCUCCUACCAGCGCGCGGGCGGCGGCGGCGGCGGCACCGGGGUCACGAACUCUGACCUUUCACUGACAAAAACAAUAACAAACCCCCCCUUCCCCGCGACCCCGGCGGCGCCCCCGGGCCCGCCCCCGCCGCCCCCGCUCCCACCUCGGCGUCUCGUCUCUCGCCUGCUGCCCCGCGAGCCCACGGCCCCGGGGCUCCCGCCAUCCGCCAACGCCGGGAGGCCGGCCUCCCCGCGCCCUGCCCUCCGCGUCGGGGGCCGCCCGCCGCAGACACGGGACCUGCUUCGAGGCUGCUUUGGCGCCAAAUCCUGAGGUUCUCUAAUGAUCUUGCUUCACCAUGGCUACAAAUAUGGAGGGGCUGGUUCAGCACAGAGUGGGGACCCAGCAGGUGGCUGAGGUACCACGGACACAGACCUCUCGGCCGGAAUCUCCAGGGAUGACCAGCCCCUCCCCGCGCAUCCAGAUAAUCUCUGCCGACUCUGCGGUAGCUUCACCUCAGCGAAUUCAGAUUGUAACAGACCAGCAGACAGGACAGAAGAUCCAGAUAGUCACCGCAGUGGACGCCUCCGGAUCCCCCAAGCAGCAGUUCAUCCUGACCAGCCCAGAUGGAGCUGGAACUGGGAAGGUGAUCCUGGCUUCCCCGGAGACAUCCAGUGCCAAGCAGCUCAUAUUCACCACCUCGGACAACCUCGUCCCUGGCAGGAUCCAGAUCGUCACGGACUCUGCUUCUGUGGAGCGCUUGCUGGGUAAGGCCGACGUCCAGCGGCCGCAGGUGGUAGAGUACUGUGUGGUCUGUGGCGACAAAGCCUCUGGCCGGCACUAUGGGGCUGUCAGUUGUGAAGGUUGCAAAGGUUUCUUCAAAAGGAGUGUAAGGAAAAAUCUGACCUACAGCUGCCGGAGCAACCAAGACUGUAUCAUCAAUAAACACCACCGGAACCGCUGUCAGUUUUGCCGGCUGAAGAAAUGCUUAGAGAUGGGCAUGAAAAUGGAAUCUGUGCAGAGUGAACGGAAGCCCUUUGAUGUACAACGGGAGAAACCAAGCAAUUGUGCUGCUUCAACUGAGAAAAUCUAUAUCCGGAAGGACCUGAGAAGUCCUCUGAUAGCCACUCCCACGUUUGUGGCAGAUAAAGACGGAGCAAGACAAACAGGUCUUCUUGAUCCAGGGAUGCUUGUGAACAUCCAACAGCCUUUGAUACGUGAGGAUGGUACAGUUCUCCUGGCCACGGAUUCCAAGGCUGAAACAAGCCAGGGAGCUCUGGGUACACUGGCAAAUGUAGUAACCUCUCUUGCCAACCUAAGUGAAUCCCUGAACAAUGGUGACACUUCAGAAAUGCAGCCGGAGGACCAGUCUGCGAGUGAGAUUACUCGGGCAUUUGAUACCUUAGCUAAAGCACUUAAUACCACAGACAGCUCCUCACCUCCAAGCCUAGCAGAUGGGAUAGACGCCAGUGGUGGAGGGGGCAUCCAUGUCAUCAGCAGAGACCAGUCCACACCCAUCAUCGAGGUCGAAGGGCCCCUCCUUUCAGACACUCAUGUCACAUUUAAGCUCACAAUGCCCAGCCCAAUGCCAGAGUACCUCAACGUGCACUACAUCUGCGAGUCAGCAUCCCGCCUGCUUUUCCUCUCCAUGCACUGGGCCAGGUCAAUCCCAGCCUUUCAGGCACUUGGGCAGGACUGCAACACCAGCCUGGUGCGGGCCUGCUGGAACGAGCUCUUCACCCUCGGCCUGGCCCAGUGUGCCCAGGUCAUGAGUCUCUCCACUAUCCUGGCAGCCAUUGUCAACCACCUGCAGAACAGCAUCCAGGAAGAUAAACUUUCUGGAGACCGGAUAAAGCAAGUCAUGGAGCACAUCUGGAAGCUUCAGGAGUUCUGUAAUAGUAUGGCAAAGCUGGAUAUAGACGGCUAUGAGUAUGCAUACCUUAAAGCUAUAGUUCUCUUUAGCCCCGAUCAUCCAGGUUUGACCAGCACAAGCCAGAUUGAAAAAUUCCAAGAAAAGGCACAGAUGGAAUUGCAGGACUAUGUUCAGAAAACCUACUCAGAAGACACCUACCGAUUGGCCCGGAUUCUCGUUCGCCUGCCGGCACUCAGGCUGAUGAGCUCCAACAUAACAGAAGAACUUUUUUUCACUGGUCUCAUUGGCAAUGUGUCGAUAGACAGCAUAAUCCCCUACAUCCUCAAGAUGGAGACAGCAGAGUACAAUGGCCAGAUCACCGGAGCCAGCCUAUAGUGCGCACCACACACCUGCAGAGAAGCAAAAGGAUCCUCCCAGGACCACUCGGAUACAGAGAAAAUAAAGUAGUGGUAUUUUGGUAUGUGCAAAUAUUUCCAAUAUGUUAGCCAUUUCCUACCUGGUUUCUUCUUAUCUGUUAAUCCCAGACAAUAGCAACUAAAAGACUAGUAGGAUCCUUUCCUGCCAUAAGAAAUGUUUUAAUGCCUUUUGAUGAAGCAGAUUUUGGAACAAUCUUUUAACCCAGUUUGUAUUUAGAAAUCCUCAAAGGGCAAAAAACAGAGUUUUAUAAUGUCAGAGACUAGUAUUAAACAAAACAAAAAGAACCUAAGAGAACAGUAUGUGUGUAUAUAUAUUAAAAAUGUCCUUGGAAUUAAUAGCUACUAAUUACCAGGGUAAUAAUAUUAGCACUUUCUAAGCACUUCUUAUCAAUGCGUAAUGUUAGCAACAUCUUGCCCUUGGGCAGGACAAACGGAAAACUGUAUAUGUCUUUUGCCGAAAUGCUAGUAAUUUCUGUGAAAACGCACUAGGGUACAGGAGACAAUCAUUUAUGUUUAAGAAAAGAUGGCAUCAUUCCUAAUUGUAUGCACACAUUGGUGGUGUUGAACUAAAUUCCUAUGAACGAAUGAAAAUGUGGCUCAUCUGUAUCAUGCAGUAAGUGGGAGUGUGGAGGCACAGUCGGUGGUGACCCAAACAGGAAGCUUCCUCCGCUGUGAGUUGAUGAUGCUUGUCAGCUUCCCUGACCUCUGGUUCUGGUCUGUGACUGGCAUCUGCAGGCUCCUCCAAACCUGGGGCUCUCUUCUGAUGACUGGUUCUCAGAAUUGGAUUACAACCAGUCAGACAUUAACUGCCAAUUCCUGCAGCAACUGAAAACAUCCCCACAUCACCUCCACCACUCACGGCAGACAGAGCCUUCUGACCAAAAAGUGCAAGGUGGGCAUUUUGAACCCGACAGUAAUUCCUGAAUGCAGUCUGGGGCGGUUGCUUGUUGUUCAGAUGGAGGAGUACAAAGGUUCCCUUCUCACGGGGUUUCCAUUCCAAACGUCCCCUCAAGAAGAGCUGUAUUCCUGCAGUUCACUCAGAACUGUGAAGGGGAUGGGGGGCCAGGGGGUGGGGGGAGGUGCAGGAUUUUGCUGCCUGGCCAGGGUGGUGGUGGUGGUGCGGCUGAAUGGAAGGUUUCUCUGUUGACCUUAAAUAUCAGGGUUUUCCAAAGUGUCUCCAGACUGAGCAUUUCUGUUGGCAGUUUUUUGAAUGGUACUGGUACACCAUGCACUUUGAUUCCCCCAGGUGUGUGCCAGCAAAGAACCCUGGAGCAUUUUAGGUGAUGGAUGCAGAAGCAAGCUACCUGCUCUUAAAAAAAAACAAAAAACAACAAACAAAAAACCCUUAACUCCCAAAGUUAUCUUCUUUCUCUUAAGUUAUAGCGACCAUCGUUUACAAGAACAGAAUGCAGUUAUAAGGAAGUUCUAUCUAGAGAAGAGCACCCAUAAAAUCUCAUGGAUGCAAGCAGCGGGCAUUUCCUGCUUGGGAAAAGUGCCGUGUCCAAGACCCAGUCAGGUACUCUUCAUUUCCUUUCUGUAUAGCCCAGAUUAAGAAAAUAGCUGAAGUUAAAUCUGUGUCUCCCAGAUCUUUUGAUCAUAUGGUAUCCAGAAAGAUCCCAGUGCGCUUCCCCGGCCUCAAAGGCACUCCCCGGCCUGGCUCAGGCCCUCAUCAAGGUGGGGUCUCAGGUGCUGUGUAGGUACCAGCCUGCCGGCCGCUGCCUUAGGACACAACAGAAUGCUCUUGAAGCAUUAGCAGCACUUUGUGAAAGUCGUUAGUGGGAAUUAAGUGGGGACAGUAUCUCCAACUUCUGAAUUCCUGUUUGGAUUUAAUUAUAUUAUUUAUAGUUCAUGUCUUGGAAGCAAAUUUUGGAGACAAUAGGGGUGCCUAUUAUAAAAUGAUGGAAAGAAUUUAAUUUUGCCUGCUUCAAUUUUUGGUUUUCUAACUUUGAAGCGAUUUAAAUUUCAAAAUUAAGAAAAAAAAAAAACUAGCCAAGACAGUGAAGUUAGGGCAGGUCUGUUCAUUUCUGCUCGGGAAGGAUUUCAGCAGAGGGUAUCUUCAACCGUGUUUGUGCAUUUUACACAGCAAGUUGCCUCUUUUCUGUUCUUUUGAUUUUUUAACGUAAGCCUGUCUGUUGAUCACAUAGCUGUUCUCUGGGAUUACAUGCUAUGUCACAUCUCCCAGAUCUGAUUCUCAGUGUUGGGGAGGAGGCCCACCCCUUCUUCCUGGGGCUGGCCCUGGAAGUCUUGUGUCCGUUCGGCUUGUAGACUCAGGUUGCCUUCAGAUACUGGGACGGUUUAGCCAAGACCUCGACUGAGGUCCCAACGACGCCACUGCUGAAGAGUUUUGGGGUAAAGGUGAUAACCAGCAGAAAAACUGAACAUCUGGGUGAGUGAGUGCCGCACCCUGGCAGGAUAGCCCUGGAGAGGAACCGGCUUGGCUUGGAGGGCUGUUGAUUCUGACCUGGUGCUGGCCCUUGAGUCCCUUCACUGAUGUUGGCUGAUUGCAGUGGACCAUUUUGGGCCUUGAACACUCAUUAGUUUCCCAGAUCCUCUUGGCCUUAUUUUGAAGUAGACUUCUCCCUAAAGAUCCUGUUCACACAAGCUGAUUUCUUGCUGCCCCAAAUCAUUUCACACUUUGACAGCGGGUCCGUUCCGUCUUGUCAGAUUGGUGAAGAGAAGCCCAAAGUCAACAACGUAAGGGGAUCCCAGGCAAAUACUGAGGUUCAGCUUUCACAAGGCUUUUACCCCUUGUUAGUCUGUGAAAGUCUAGAUUUAGUCAAGAAAGGCCAGCCCUCUACCCAUUGGGUCUCUGAGUGAAAUAAGCCAGGAGCAGAUUCUUCACCACGCAGCCUGCCCACAUGUCCCUUCUGCUGGCCUGGCUCUCCCUCCCUUGCGAGGAGAGGUCCACCGGCGAAAGGAGGUGGCAGGACGCGUCAGUGCUUCUUGAUGCCAGUGGUAUCUCCGAUAAUGCUAGACAGUUAGGUGUUGAAAUCGUGGAGGUCAUUACACAGAAUGAUAAAGCAGGACAGGAAGAGACUUAGAAAAAGUCCAAAUUACACAAGCAAAUGAUACUUUCCAGGUUAUUCCACCCUUCUAAUCUGAGAUUUGUAUGUGUGUCUGUUGGGAGGUUACCAUUAUUUAUUAUCUAACUUCUGCCGUGAGGCUGUGGUUGGGGUUCUUUGUUGUUUGGGUUUUUAUAGUUAAUUUCAGGUUUAGUCACGUGUUGUAAGAUGCUAUGUAAACGCCCUCAAGAGGGACUGCUGUCUAGCGUGUCACUAUUAAAUGUGGACUGUGUUCUGAGGCAGUUGCCACCAACCACGGUGAGAGCGACGGAUGCGCCUUCUCUUGGGCUCCCUGGUGCGGUGGCCACACGCUCGCUGGGACGUGCUUGUGGCCGUAGUAGACUCACUGAGUGCUUUUGCUUGUGUUGGGGAUUGCCACGGCAGGGAGCUAAGAAUCGGAAUGGCUAUAUCUAGUGCUUUUAUUCUGGACAAAAACCACAUCCUCAUCCUUCAGGGGAAUUUCUAGUAGAGCAGUCUUGCCCCCCAGCCUGCCCUCUGCCUGACACGCAGCCCUUGGCUAUGGAGCCAAGUUUCAGGACCUGAUCAGAUCAGCGUCCAGAAGCUUGUCACCCACUUCCCAGUGGAAAGGGCCUCAUGUGCAGUGGGGCCGUAGAUGACAUUUCAACUCUUCUCUAAGUCUAGGCCCUGAAAAGUCAUCUUCUGACGUUCACUUUCAUCCCGGCUAUGAACGAAUGGAGGGAUGGAUAGUGGAGCGGGCCGGGCAGAUAUGCCCAUAUGCUUCCUUUGUCCCACUUCCAGUCUCUAGAUUGUACGGCUCUUUGAAAUGUCUUAACUUUGAUGUAAAUUUGUAAAGCCAAGCCCUAAUCGAGAUAGGCUGGGUUUGGGUCUUUUGUACACAGGGUUCUGGACAUCCUCACGUAUGCCUCCUGCCGGCGCACACUUGCGCAUGUCCAGCCCUGGGGUCCCUUCAGCGGCAUUGUGCGUGUACAGAUUUAUAGGCUUGUAUGACUGACUGAAUGUACAUGUGUUUAUAUCUUCUAUAUAUGUACAGUGUAUAUAGUGUGCGUGUACAUAGAUGUAUAUAUUAUGUAUACAGACAUGUAGCCAUGUAUCCAAAGUUCCCUUAUGUUUUAAAGAGAGUCUAUGAUAGAGUUGCUAAAGUAAAUUGAUGUGGGUGUUCCAAGGUCCCUCAGCAGGCUGGAUUUGCUGAUAUUUUAACUCCAUUUUCCUUAGAGUGAGCCUGGCUGGGAAAGGCCAUGAAGGCAGAAUCUCCACCCUAUGCCAAGGAAAAGUUCCAGACAGAAAAGGUCCUGAUAGGAGGACAUUGCUGUAUAUUGUAUAUUCUCUGGGUCAGACAGCAGCCAGAAAGCUAGAAAGUUGAAAACUAGGUGGGGUCUUUCACCUGGGCGCCUAAUGCCUGUCUAUAGCCUGACUGGAAGGAACUUGGCCGUUGGAGCUGUCGGCCUUCCCAGGUACUUGCUCUUGUCAUGUGGUCCAGAGAUAGGCCUCAUGGUCAGAGAUUCGGAACGGUCCGUGUGCUGGGGCCUGCCUCCCAGGUCUCCGCUUGCUCUGGACUUAGCAAACGGUGGGCACUGCCCUGUGACUCAACAGACUCCUAUCUCUAAUGCCAGUUGAAAAAAACCUACCAAGUAGUCUUUUAAAAUAAGCAUGAAUAAGAUAACUUAUGGCAUAGAAGUUACAAAUUUUAAAUUACUUCUUUAACUGUAGCAUGUGAAUAAAAUCCACUGACAUAAAUCCUUUAUAAAUUUUUAAAAUUUUUAGAUAAAAAUGGUAUUUUAAUAAGGCUAUUUGUGCCCUUAAAAAGCUACAGAUGCCAAAUUUUUCUUGUCCAGGUCUGUUCUGAUUAAUUUUCCCCCUUAAUUGGGCUUUAAACUGAGACACGGCACUCGGGAGCCAGAGCCCAGCCCAGCAGAGCUGCUUACAGACCUGGGAAGUGGGGCCUGCCUGGCCGAGGGCUGCAAGCUGGCCCGCUGAAGGGAGUCUCUGGAGAACUGCAAAAACUCACAUAAUCCACAGGUUUUCUAGUUUUUUGUUGGUGGUGUUUUUUGGGUUUUGGGGGGUUUUUUGUUGUUUUAAAUAAGCUACCGAAAUGUUUGAAAACACUUCAUUGAGACCGUAGUACUCAGUGCCUUUUGUGAGACGGUGGGUCAUUUAGCCUUCAGCUUCCCCUCUAUUGGAUGUAAAAAAAAAAAAGCUCUGCUACUUCACUGGCCUCAUCCAACAGUGCUUAUUUGACCCUUGCCCCUGUCCUUGCCUGUUGUGACAAUCACACUAUUGAAGGUGGCUUUCCAGUUAAAAUACAAGAAGAAGCUUGACAGUCUCUAAAUGAAUCUUCAAAAUAAAAAUUUUCAUUUGGGAGGGUAUUUUAACAGCAAUCUAAGAAUAAUUAAACUAUCUUAGGGGUGGGGAAUGCCUGAGAUAUUUUUAAGGCCCAGCUAGACUUUCAGUUCAGAAACCAAUAAUCCAGUGUCUCAAUAUUUAUACGUAAGAGCAUAGAAAAAAAAAAUGCUAUAAAUAUUGGGGGGAAAAGUUUGGCAACAUUUAUCAGCUGACAUACUGUGAUAAGCUUAAUACUUGGAUAACAUUUGGAAAUAGUAGACUUUUAAGUUACAAAUGGCUUGUCUUUAGGAACAUAUAUUCAAUUACCAUUAACGACCAGAGCAUCCAUGGACUCAGAUGCUGCCGCCACAUACAACUCAAGUGCUGGAAUAUUUUUCUACAGUCUCCGUUCUCCCCAUUCUCUUGUAAACCAGUGUUCAACUAGUUUUAUAACUGAAAAGCUGCACAUUUUUCAUAGUACAAACCAUAGUUUUUACCUGUAGUUUGGACCUGUUAAAAUGUAGCUGCGUUACCAGCCCUUUUAAAAGACAUCUGUUAAAGGAAAAUUCGGGUGUUAGAUUUUUUGGGACCGUUUCUGUAACUUCUGCCCUUAACAAUAUAGAAAAUACUGUUUAUGCCGUUACAUUUUAAUUCCAGGUUUAAAACCUGUUGAAAGCUGUAGCUUGAAAUCAGCUUUGUUUGUGAUGGCAUUUAAAAAAUAGCAUGUUCUUUUUAAACUGAAUUUUAUAUCUAAUCAAUGUCUUCAGUCUUGAAGAAGAAUUUGCAUUGUUGUGUUUGUAUAUAGAGUAUUGCAGUGCAUGAAUUAGCUUUAUGCAUUUUAUUAAAUGCUGUUUCAAUGUGGCAUUAUCGUUGUGGCUUAAUACUACUACCUAAAUGAGGUUUAUACUAUUAAAAAAAUGAAUUAAAGACUAAAUGUGCAUCUUCUCAUUUCUUCUAAUAGUGAUAGCAGUAAUGCCUGAUCCCCAGGGGCGCCGUGCGUGCUGUCUUACCCCAAGCAGGUGGUGAGGAAGCAGCUUGUGGUCGGAGCCCUACUGCUU